CAUUGAUAACAGUUGAGUGCUGCGGCUUGGGCUAUUUUUAGCGAAUACCGGUUGAACAUAUCAUCAGGUACGAUAACUGUGCAUGCCUGUCAGCAACUUGGUAGUACUGUCUCGUCAACAAGCUCGGAAUAUCAGGCGUCAAGAUGGGAAGCCAAGUCGACCCCGCCUUCCGCGUGGUUACGCCAAACAGAUCAGGCUUCUUUGUAUGGAGAAUUGAGGAUAUGAAGCCAGUCCAGGUUCCUAAGGACAGGAUUGGUCAGUUUUACAAGGGGGAUUCCUAUAUCAUUCUCAGCCUAACUGCCCACGGACAGAGUCCUCGGGGACUCAAUGUACAGAUGAGAGAGGUGAAGGGGCAGAGACUGGAGCAGAACAUCCACUUCUGGCUGGGCAGCAAGACAUCACAGGAUGAGGCAGGAGCAGCAGCGUACAAGACUGUGGAACUCGAUGACUUCCUGGGAGGGGCACCUGUCCAGCACCGGGAGGUGGAGGGCAAGGAGUCGGAACUUUUCCUCAGCUACUUCUCCAAGGGGCUCAAGACUAUUGAGGGAGGCCACAAGUCUGGCUUCAACCAUGUAGACAACACAUUCCAGAUACGCAUGUACCAGGUGAAAGGCAAGAGGAACCUCCGCAUUACACAGGUUGAUAUCAGCUGGCAGAGCAUGAACCAUGGUGACGCCUACAUCCUUGACCUUGGUAAGGUCCUCUUUGUGUGGGUGGGAAAUGAGAGCUCCCGGAAAGAAAACUUCAAGGCCCUGGAACAUGCCCGGUCUCUGCGUGAUGAGCGCCCAGGGGGUAUUGUCGUCGCGAUCGAAGAUGGACAAGAAGAGAAGAUGACAGCAGAUGAGAAAAAGCUGUUUGAGCAGCAUCUCCCUCUGAAUGAGAAGUCCCAGGUCAAAGCCUCAGAUGCUGUUGCCACUGAUAAUCUGUUUGAAAGGAAGAGUGCAGAAAAUAUGAAACUAUUCUCGUGUCGAGAGGAAGAUGGGAACCUGACCAUCAAGGAAGUGAAGACUGGACCACUAUCUCGCAAAGAUAUGACGUCAGAUGAUUCCUUCAUCAUUGACUGUGGGCCGGAGCACAUCUGGGUGUGGAUCGGUAAACAGGCCACCAAGUCCGAGAGAUCUGAGGCUAUGAGGAAUGCUGUGGGCUUCAUUCAAAAGAAGGGCUACCCAACCGACACAUCAGUGACGAGAGUAGUCGAUGGUGGCGAGCCCUCAGAUUUCAAGUGUCUCUUCCCUGAUUGGCCACAACCCCCACCCCCAGGAAAAGUCUACUCAAGGAGCAGAAUAGCAAAGACUGUCCAGACCAAGUUUGAUGCCUCAACUCUGCACAACAACACAGCCCUUGCUGCUGAGAGUCAGAUGUUUGAUGAUGGUACUGGGAAAGUCGAGGUGUGGCAGGUACAGGACUUCGACCUGGUAGAGCUUGACAAGAACACCUACGGGGACUUCUACGCUGGGGACAGCUACGUCAUCAAGUACACAUACAAAGUCAAUGGUCGCGAACACUACCUCAUCUACUACUGGCAGGGAAGCAAGUCUACAGCUGAUGAGAAGGGAACGUCGGCGCUGAAGGCUGUAGAGAUGGACGACGCCAUCGGAGGGGCUGCAACACAGAUCCGAGUUGUCCAAAAUAAGGAACCGCCACACUUCAUGGCCAUGUUUGACGGCAAGAUGAUCAUCUUCAGUGGCGGCAAGGCAGGGUGGCAGAAGGGGGACAAGGAUAUGGGCCCAGGAGACAAGUACAUGCUUCAGGUGCGAGGAACCUCCGAACUCAACUGCAAGGCUAUUCAGGUGGACCUCUCCGCUACAGCGCUCAACUCCAACGACGUGUUUGUGGUGUUCACCAAGUCCACUGUCAGCAUCUGGGCAGGAAAGGGAAGUACGGGCGAUGAGCGGGAGUAUGGCAAGAGGAUAGCUUCCAGGUCACCGAGAACUCAUGAGAUGGUGUUUGAAGGACAGGAGAAGGAAGCUUUCUGGAAUAUUUUGGGAGGCAAACAGCCCUACGCAAGUGACAAGCGGUUGCAGGAUGACGAGUCAGCCCACCCCCCUCGCCUGUACCAGCUGUCCAAUGCAUCGGGCAACAUCCGAGUGGAACAGAUCCAGGACUUUGUUCAGGAUGACCUUGUGCCGGAGGAUGUGAUGCUGUUGGACGUGUGGGACUCAGUGUAUCUGUGGGUCGGAGUCGGAGCCAACAAGAAGGAGAAGGAUGAGGCAGAGAGAAUUGCACUGAAAUACCUGGAGACGGACCCUGCAGGGAGAGACAAUGACACGCCCAUCAUCAAGGUGAAGCAGGGUCUGGAACCGCCAACAUUCACAGGCUUCUUCGGGGUCUGGGACCGAGAUCUCUGGAGCAAAGGCAAGACGUACGAGGAACUGAAGAGUGAGCUUGGAGCCCAGGCUGUGCAAGGUUCUCUGGUCCAGGAGGCCAUGAACGGCAAUGACCAAGACUUCAACGAGGUUCCCAAGUACUCCUACUCACAACUGAUAGUGGCAACAGAUGAACUACCCAAUGGGGUCAACCCAGAAAACAGAGAGAUUCAUUUAACUCCUGACGAGUUCAAACAAAUCUUCAAAUGUAAUUACGAAGAUUUUAGUAAAAAGCCAGCAUGGAAAAAGCAGCAGAUCAAGAAAGCGCUACAGCUCUUCUAGACAAGAUGGUCACGCGUUUCAAAUUAUGCAUAACACAUGCUUUUGUUCUCAGAACAUUCAUUACCUUUCACCCCUACCUGGCUGAAUGGAAAACUCCUUGGUUAUUUCAGGAAUAGUUCAUUACAGAAAAGAAGGAGUGUUAGAUGAAUUGUAUGAAGUAGUAUUACCAUAUAUCUUUCAUGAAUCAUAUUUAUACAGGGAUAUAGCAUAUGCACCUUUAUGGAACCACUUUCUGUUUAACAGUUUCAAAUCAACUGUUAAAGAAGUAAUGGUAUUCUCUGAUUGGCUAACUGAAAUAACCAAUCAGGACCCAUCACUGCCAGGUGCACUGUGAUUGGUUGUUUAUUUUUGUAGAUACUUAGUGGAAAAGAGAUUUGUAUACUACUCAUGGAUUGACAUUCAUUAACGAGACCACAUAUUCUUAUACAGAGUUCAGCUGUUUCUUUAUUGAGUUUUACACCUCCAUCUUAACUGUCAAUAUUCUACUUGUGUGCAAUCUACACCUAGUAUUUACUGCUGAAAUAUAUCAUGAGUUGGAUACACGUUUCUGGCUAAACCCUGUCUCACUGAAACCUAGGUUUGUAUUGGAUUAAGAUUGAGUAAUUUAACCACUGUGUACCAUUUUGGGAGUUUCUGAUAAGGUUUUAUCAUUUAUGUUCAAUUCAGUUUUGUAUUUAGAAGAAAACUGUAUUUUUCUGUUGUAAGGAUCUCAUUUCUUCCAUAAAUAGUCAUGGAUAUUGUUUAUUUCUAUACGCUGAUAUCAUUCCAACCUGCUAAUUUCUCUCCAAAUAUUCCUGAAUUUCAUCACUUUUUAUCAGUUUAAAACUAUGAUCAUAACAUAAAAGUAUGCAUUGCUGAUAUUUUGUUUUAUCUCCUUGUUUAGAUUCAUGUUUUGUGUUGGAUAUCAUUCAAAACUAAUAAGUCCUCAAUUAUUGACUUGCUCACAGAUUUAUAUUUUGAUUCGUUACCCAUUUUGCUCAAUGGACACAGUAGGGAACAAUCCUAUCUAUGUAUGCAGAGUUUGUGAAGAGUAAUUUAUGACCCAUUAUGGUCGAUAGAUUUUCAGGCAAAGAUGCUUGAACACAGUGAAAAAAGGUGGUCAAUUUAAAUUUUACCUUUAUGUUUUUGUUUUUUAUUUUUAGUGUGAAAGGAAUGAUAGACAUGAAAAAGUAAGGCUAAUACAUGGUUGUUUUCAUGCCUAAAAACCAAGAAUAUUAUAUUUUAGCUUAAGAGAACAUAACCCAGCAGAAAUAUGAUAUCAUUUCUAACUAAACUUUUAGAUUUGUUUGUGUACAUAAUAUUAUAAUUAUAAUAAUCAUAGUUUGAUACUACUUCCUGGUAAAUUAUGGAUCUUAUCGUGUUGACCGUUCAGGACAAUAUAGCAUGUGCUACAAUGUUACUGUUCUGAGACUGUUGGUCAUUGCUUUUGUUUACACUGUUGAAGCAUUCCAUUGUUGUAUGAUUUGAAACAAACUGACACUCGGGUGGUCAUUAUACAAGCAAUAUUUAAAGGGGGUCAGCACCGUAAUGUUAAGCUUACAAAUUAUGGGUGUCUGUUUUCACUUCAUGAAGUUGCAGAGAUUUGUCUCUUCCAAAUAUUCAGUUUAUACAUUUAUUUUUACACACUUCAUACAUGCCUUUUGUGAAUCUGUACAUUUUUCAUCAAGUGGAUGUGUUGUGAGACAAGAAGCAAAUUUGUACUGCAAAAAUAUCUUGGAAAAUGUUCAACCAGGGUAGACAAUGCUCAAGAAUCUCAAUUUAAAUUUUCCAAAUCAUUCAAAACUUGAUCUUCCACUUUGGAUAUUUAACACUUUAAUUUUAUCAGUUUUGUUAUGAUGCAUCUAUAUGGAAUGAUAUGGAGAACGAUGAAACUGGCAUGAUGUUAUUUUGUGAAUAUUCACCAUGAAACUAUCAAGUUUAUGUAUAUCAUAAUAUUUGUAGAUGUGUAUAUGGAGUUUAUGCAUAAUCAUUUAAGUAGAUCUCUGAAAGGCUAGAUCUGAGGCUGUGUAUAGCUUGAUCUGAGACAGCUUAUGGCUAGAUCUAAGAUGGCUUAUGGCUAUAUGAGAGGCUGUGAAUGGCUAGAUCUGAGGCUGUGUAUAGCUUGAUCCGAGACAGCUUGUGGGUAGAUCUAAGAUGGCUUAUGGCUAUAUGAGAGGCUUUGAAUGGCUAGAUCUGAGGCUGUGUAUAGCUUGAUCCGAGACAGCUUGUGGGUAGAUCUAAGAUGGCUUAUUGCUAUAUGUGAGGCUGCAUAGCCAUAUCUCUUAUAGCUUUUGGCUAUAUCUGUGGCUGUAUAUGGCUAGAUCUUAGGCUGUGUAUAGCUAGAUCUGAGACAGCUUAUGGCUAGAUCCGAGACAGCUUUUGGCUAGAUCCGAGACAGCUUUUGGCUAGAUCUAAGAUGGCUUAUUGCUAUAUGUGAGGCUGCAUAGCCAUAUCUCUGAUGGCUUUUGGCUAUAUCCGUGGCUGUAUAUGGCUAGAUCUUAGGCUGUGUAUAGCUAGAUCUGAGACUACUUAUGGCUAUAUCUGAGGCUGUAUAUAUGGCCAUAUCUCAGAUGGCUUUUGGCUAGAUCUAAAGCUUGUUUGACUAGAUCGGAUUAGAAUGGCAAAAGACAUUAUCAUAGCAGCACAUUUAAAAGCUCAAGUUUUGCUACAGCAGUUUGGAAGGUGAUAAUCAGGUUGAUAUUUGAAAUUACAGGUGUUGCAUCCUUAAUGAAGAUGCUGCUAUUAUUAUGGGUUAUCAUGUAAAUGCCUCUCACAACACGAAUAGUUCAAUUGUUUUCCAUUUGAUACUGUCAUCAAUUCAAUUUGAGACUCAUCCUUAUCACUUGUUAAGUCGAUGUAUAUUAACCACUGUACACUGCUGAGAGAUCUGAACUGGUAAUAAACUAUCACAAAGAUUAGGCAUUUGAGAGAUCUGUCCAGUGUAAAUUUUGUUGAAUGAUGUUUUACUUUUUGAAUUACUGCCACCUGUAAAGCCUUCAAGAUGGAAUCACAGCGUGAAACAUACAUUAAAGAACAGCAAAGACCACAACACAAGGUUAGGGUAGCUGUCACUGGACAGGGGAACAAGACUGCUCUGAAACCCAAGCAGCUCAUAGGUUGCCUGUAGAACAUGAUUACUGAUACCAGAGUGCCCUGAAUGUACAGGUUGUCACUGUCUAUGGUGCCCUGAAUGUACAGGUUGACACUGUCAAGGUGCCCUGAAUGUACAGACUGACACUGUUAAGGUGCCCUGAAUGUACAGGUUGUCACUGUCUGGUGUGCCCUGAAUGUACAGACUGACACUGUCUGGUGUGCCCUGAAUGUACAGACUGACACUGUCAAGGUGCCCUGAAUGUACAGACUGACAAUGUCAAGGUGCCCUGAAUGUACAGACUGACACUGUCAAGGUGCCCUGAAUGUACAGGUUGUCACUGUCUGGUGUGCCCUGAAUGUACAGACUGACACUGUCUGGUGUGCCCUGAAUGUACAGACUGACACUGUCAAGGUGCCCUGAAUGUACAGACUGACAAUGUCAAGGUGCCCUGAAUGUACAGACUGACACUGUCAAGGUGCCCUGAAUGUACAGACUGACACUGUCAAGGUGCCCUGAAUGUACAGACUGACACUGUCAAGGUGCCCUGAAUGUACAAGUUGUCACUGUCAAGGUGCCCUGAAUGUACAGGUUGUCACUGUCUAGAAUUCCCUGGGCAUACAGGUUGCCACUAAGUGUCCUGAACGUACAGGUUGUCACUGUCUAUAGUGCCCUGAACGUACAGGUUGUCACUGUGUGGAGUGCCCUGUCCACACAGCCUGUCACUGAACACUUCUCACUUCCAUCCUCCGAGAUCUUCCUGUACUCGGUCUGUAUCUAGAUGUAUACACACUGUAAACAGGCAUUUGCUUCUUACAUUAUUAAAAAAACAAGAAUA